AUGGAACGCAGAUUUCAAGUGCGUGGAGGUAGAUGGAGUCCGGUCUGUUGCCAUUUUCGAGAAUUUGAGGCUCGCUUUCCAGGAAUUAAGCUUGCAUUGACACUAAUUUUCUAUUAUGUCUUGGCAAGUUUUGGCGAUCAUUUAUCAGCCACUGGAUAA